AUUUUUCGUCUGGUACCAAAACAGCUGGAACGCAGGCUGGGCGAGCGGGAGAGUGGUGGCAAGAUUUCUACUUUUUCAAUUUUGAGCAGUUUUGUUCAUAACUAGCAAACGAACGUGAUGGUGAUGAGGUAAAAUGGUGUACAUACAGUGAAUCUGAAAGAGAAAGAUGGAGGAGAAUGAGGACAACAUUGAAGAAGCCGUGCCGCUGAGCAACAUACCAACUGAUGGCGCCUUCUCCUCAUCAGGAAGCAAGAGAGGCUCACUGCGGGGGCCGUUUCUGGAGAGGGUCAAGCAGAACGAUGUUGACGGCGUGAGAGCAUUAGCCAGAGAGCACAGACUUGAGGACUCCAGCGCCUGUGACGAGCUGGGACGAACUGCCUUGAUUGUGGCUAUUGACGAGAGCAACUAUGACAUGAUCAAGUGUCUCCUGGAGCUUCAGCAUGAUGCCGGGGAUGCGCUGUAUCACGCUGUCAGUGUACAGAACGCUGCUGCUGUAAAGGUGCUCUGCAAAAACCUCUCUGAGUCGUGCAAGUCACAUGUCAUCAACGGUUUCCCCUGCGGCCGUCAUUACCCUGCAGUCAUGACACCCCUGCUGCUCGCCGGCAAAAACAACAACUUUGAAAUUAUUGAGGUGCUACUCCAUCACGGGGCCAAGCUGCCCGACCUAAACGACCUUGUGUACCGGGCCGAGAGUGACCCCUACCUAAAAUUCCUGGCAUUGGUCAACUGGUACGAGGCGGCCAGCAGCGAGGCCUACAUUCUGCUGACCUCAGAUGACCCCUUGGACACCAUCUUUAAACUUGGCCAAUCGCUGCAGGAGGCGGAAGAAACUUUGAAAGUUCCACUCUUUAACGUCGAGUGUGAGCGGAUCGAGAACAAGCUGGCAGACUUGAGUGUCAAGCUGCUGAGCCUUGCCAGGGACAACGGUGAGAUCGGAGUGCUGCUACGCGGCGGAGAGGAAGGCUCAGCCGAUCCCAGGGUGCCGCUAAGGAUCAAACAGGCUAUGGAAAUCCACAGCUUUAAAAAGUUUGUAUGCCAUCCCAGUAGUCAAGCCUACAUGAUGCACCUGUGGGACAUACCACGCCCCCAUUGCCUGGCCAAGCACUCGUGGUUCUUCUACUCCUAUCUCUUCAACAUCAUGGUGGUACUGCUGUACCCCAUUCUGUGUGUGGCUUAUAUCCUGCUCCCAUGGAAGACGGCCCAUUUCAUGAAAAGACCGUAA